AUGGAUUUCAAGCAGAAGGCACACAUGGGACAAUGCUACAAUGCAGCGAAAAGCGAUUCUGUGCCUUUGGAUCGUGAUGCACCUGACACGAGGCCGGAGGUUUGCAAGCUUCGCCACCGCAACUAUCCGAAGGAUUUGCGGACUGCCUCCAUUGUGAUUGUCUUUCACAACGAAGUGGCCUCGGUACUCCUACGUUCGGUGCACUCCGUCUUGAACCAAUCACCGCAAGAUUUGCUGCAUGAAGUGAUCCUGGUGGACGAUGCCUCGGUGCCAGACCCUGGUCGUUUCACCGAGGAGCGGUGGCAAAGAUUGCAGAAACCACUGCUAGAGUAUGUACUGCAGCUGCCAAAGGUGCGGCUGGUACGCUUGGGUGAGCGGCGUGGCCUGAUGCUUGCGCGGAUGGAAGGGGCAUGGCGAGCUCGCGCGGAGAUUGUUGUUUUCUUGGACAGUCACAUUGAGGCGACUCCUGGGUGGCUGGAACCAUUGUUGGCUCGGAUCCAUGAAGAUCGAAGGCAUGUGGUAGUGCCCAAUAUCCUGGGCAUACAUUUUGACAACCUCGGCUAUGAGGGAAGCUCUGGACUAGGUGUGCUAAGCUUUACUUGGACACUUGGGCAAAGGCCUAUGCCUACCAAUACUGGCAGUGAGAUCCAAAAGUCAUCCAUCAUGGCUGGAGGUUUGUUCGCAGCGGACAAGGCCUUCUUCAUGCAUUUGGGAGGCUAUGAUCCCGAGAUGCGGUUCUAUGGUGGAGAGGAGAUGGAGAUUGGCUUUCGGACCUGGCAGUGCGGGGGCGACAUCGAGUACGUUCCAUGCUCACGAGUGUAUCACAUUUUCAGAACCUCUCGUUAUUGGCAAGGCACUGAUUCAGCUGGAGUUGCGUACAAGGUCCCAGGUGUCGAAAUCGUGCGGAACAAGCUUCGCGCAGCUGCUGUUUGGAUGGACGAGUACGAAGUCUUGGUCCAAUACGCCUCUGCUCCUCUUCCAACGGGUGUGACACUGGGGGAUUUGGAGUCCCGGAAAUCGUUGCGGCAACAUUUGCAGUGCAAGUCCUUCAAGUGGUACUUGGAAAAUGUUGCUAAGGAGGUCUUUGUACCGUCCAUUGAAGGUCUACUUGCUGGAUCAUUGAGGAACAUCAAGCUGGAUGCCUGCAUUGAUACUUUGGGCGGACACAGGCAGCUCCAAGCUGCCUUGCACAGACUGAUUUCAGAUGCUCCUCAAAAACCCACUUUCAAACCCUGUUAG